AUGUCAUCUCACCUGUUACCUCAUAAUUUCUUACUCCAGGAGCAGUAUGUUUUUGUCCACGACGCCAUCCUUGAAGCCUGCCUGUGUGGAAACACGGCCAUCCCAGUCUGUGAAUUCAGAGCCAUAUACUAUAACAUUAGCAGACUGGACCCACAGACCAACUCCAGCCAAAUUAAGGACGAAUUUCAGGUUAGCACCCUCCACUUCUUAACUCUCAACUCUCUGUCCGUCUGUCUGCCUGUCUAUGUCCCUCUGUCUGUCUGUCCGUCCUUCGCUUUUCUUCGUAAGAGGCAUGGCGUUAGCCUUUUCCCACCUAAAAGGAGUUACAUUUGCUGUCUCCAAGAGCAAGGGAUUUUUUUUAUCCAUCAGUUUUGAUUGAAUUAUAGCACUUAAAUUCAGGGAUUUUGGUGGGAAUUCAGGUAUUAUAUGUAUAUUAAAAUGUCACUUUGUUUUCUUAGAAUGCACUCAUAUAUAUAUAUUUUUUAAUGGUAUCAGGUAUGUGUAUUUAUUUAUUGUUAAAGAAAAAUCUAAUGUGCCUCAUUUGCAUAAACACACCGGAUGUAUUUCCAUAUAUUAAUAAAUUAGCAUCAAGGGGUGGAACAGGCCUGCAUCCACCGAAAACUUGUUCUGUCUAGGCCUACCUGCACUCACCUGCACUGUCUAGACUGCCUCAUUGAUUACUGUUGUUGUCAUGUUCUGUUGCAUUAUUCAACAAGUGUGUCAAUAGCAGGAUACCCUUGGAUUAAACAUCACACUCUUGGAUCUAGAUUACACCUAUCUAAACAUACUUUACAUUGUUUGCAAGAUCAGACAUAGUAUCACUAUAAUCCGAGUGUACAUUUUUGGAAGUUGCUUUCAUUUCAGAGCAUCUAAUUUAUAAACAUUUCAACUGUAUUAAUUUAUUACUUUUUUCAAUUACAAAAAAAAAUGAACACCCAUCAAAAAUAAAGUUUUCUUUCUUCUCUUUCUUGUGAUGUAAGUAUCGAGACGAUGCGUUUAAUCCCAGAAGCCGCUUUAGCGUUCUUAUAGAUGCAACAGAAAGACAAUGUAUUCAAUUGCUUGACAGGUCAUUAUAAACAUUUCCGUGGUCAUUGCGUUAAUGUGGAAAAAACGACAGGCACAAGCAAGAGUAUGAAAGAGUCGCAGGAGUAAAAUGAAAGCAAUCAAUCCAGCAAGAUUCAAGUGACGUGGAUUUUGCACCCCUCAAACACAGGAAAUACAAUAGAUGGCUGAAAAAGACAGAUCCUCAGGUGGUCAGGGCAUGCACGUUGCUAGCCUAUAGGUUUUAGCUCAGAGAGAUUCUGUAAUAUGGUCUUGUGCCUCGCGAACAACUCUGGUUUGAUUGUUGAUACCCUAUCGGUUACAUGAGGAGUUAUGACAAAAAGUACAUGUGUCAAAGAUGAAAAUAUUCAGCAACUCUUGGUAAGACAAUGGAGGUUUCCUUAUAUAAAAAAAAAGUGAUCGUUUAAACCUUAUAAUAAUUGUCAAAAUAUAAUCUUCCCUCUCCAGACUCUGAACAUUGUGACUCCCCGGGUGCGGCCUGAAGACUGUAGCGUGGGACUGCUCCCCCGGAACCACGACAAGAACCGCAGCAUGGACGUCCUGUCUGUGGAUCGAUGCCUGCCUUUCCUCAUCUCCGUGGAUGGAGAGUCCAGUAAUUACAUCAACGCUGCCCUCAUGGACGUAAGUUCAUCUCUCUCUCUCUCUAUCCCUGUCUCUCUCUCUGUUCCCUUCUGUCUCUGUCUCUCCUUCACUCUGUCUCUCUCCUCUCUUUCUUAGAUUGAGCUUGCCUUGUCCCAAAGGUGCAAACCCUGCCUAUAUGGCACUCUAUAGCCAGGCUCAAACAAACGCUCAAAGAUUUCAAAUACUAUUUGAACCCAUGCAGGUCUGCACAACACCAAUCAUGACUGACCAAAUUGUGUCAGAGACUGCCAAGUAGCGUAAACCAUUGGAUUUAGCUUGGCUGAAGUAAUCCAACCUUGCAAAAUACACAGAUCAGUUAGUUUGAGAUAUGCUUUGGUUCUGUUGUCUUAUUAAUUACAAUAGGGAUAUUAUGUUUUGUGUUUAUUGCAUUUGUUGUGGGGAAAUGGGGGAGGCAGUGACUGGGUACAUGCAAAUGCAACUCAAUUAGAUAACAGGUUAAAAAAAUGUAAUGUCAUAAAGCAACAGCAAUAAAAUAGAUAACAAACAACAUCAUCUAACAACUGAUCGUUAUCCAACACACCAUUAAGUGAUAGCACUGUGAUAAAUGAUAAGUAAUGACUGUGAAGCAGCCUCAUAGGAUCCAGAUCAGCUACACAGAGCUGAUAAGAAAAGAACGGCAGACAAUAACAAGCACGGGGGUGGCGUUAAAUAAAACCAGCAGUGUCUUUCCCAGACCCGGCCUGGCUGGCCUGCUUAUCUGGCAGCAGCGUAAUGACCUUUAGUGGGAUUUCUCUUGUCAAUGCAUCACGAUGCAUUGACAAGAGAAUGCAGGCUCUUUGUCCUCGACCACGAGUUGAUCAGGUAUUGGAGUCACACCGUGACCCUUGGCUGUUAGCGGUCCCACCAGCGUCUCUGCUUGCUCCUCUCUGCUCUCUCUCUCUUUCUUUACUCUCUCUCUCUCUUUCUUUACUCUCUCUCUCUCUCUCUCUUUACUCUCGCUACCGGGGGCUGAAGUGUUGUGUUGUGUGUUAUUGUUUUGUUUUUUUCAGAGCCAUAAACAGCCAGCAGCCUUCAUCGUAACCCAGCACCCACUGCCCAACACGGUGGCCGACUUCUGGAGGCUGGUGUUCGACUACAACUGCUCCUCGAUAGUAAUGCUCAACGAGAUGGAUGCCGCACAGGUGUGUAUUGUUGACCCCCGGGGUUCGCACACACUUAUGGGUGUAUAUACAUAGACACACACACACACACACACCUAUAAUCUCUUCGACUAUCGGUCUGCCGUGGGGAUCUUACACAUGCUCUAUUGCUCUCUGUUCAUCUCCAUCUAUCUCUCUAUCCCUCCAUUGUCAUCUCCACCUCCGGCUCUCACACACACAGUUUCAUAGGGCAGGAUAAGCCUCAUAGGAGAGCUUCUCUUUUCUCUGCAUUGAAACCCAACAAAGAGCACAUCAAUACCUCCCAUAUUAAAGGAUAAUUUCACUAUUUAGGAACCUAAUCUGUGUUUUUGAUAUUUACAUUUACAUUUUAGUCAUUUAGCAGACGUUCUUAUCCAGAACAACUUACAGUUAGUGAGUGCAUACAUUUUCAUACUGGCUCCCCAUGGGAAACGAACCCACAACCCUGGCGUUGCAAGCGCCAUGCUCUACCAACUGAGCUACACGGGGGGGAUAUAAAUGUCAUGUUAUAGUAGGGUCCAGUUCAUGUUUUUUGGAUGCCCUAGAACUCCAGAAUGAGGAUCAGGAAGUCAAUCGCUGCUGUAGUAAGUUUCUCAAAACCAAGUGAAAUUGCUAAAAAUGUGUCUGGACCCUUUAUAACAUAACGUUUACAUAACAGAUACAGAUUAGGUUCCUAAGUAGUGGAAUUCUCCAACUGACUGAGGGUUAACUGGUUUUGAAAGGUUGGAACCCUUCAAAAGCUGUAGACUGGAGGAUAUCCCAUCAUGGCCCUAAGAUGUAGGUGUACCGUGCAGAGGCCAAUAAGGUCAAGGCUUUUCUUUUGUAUGCACAUAACCUUCAAUUGAUUAUGCCCAGCAUUAUGACCUUGCAUUUGAAGUCAGUUAGCGAUGGUUUUGUUCAAAUGGCUAAAGCAAUGUGUAGUUUAUGUCAUGUUUUUGGUGCUCCCCAAUGGGUAAAAUCCCCAAGUAGUCAACAACAGUGUCCACACCAGUAUGUGAUGUAGCUAACACGUGAUGUAGCUAACGGCAGAACUACAACUACAAUAUACAUUCACGUUCAAGUCAAUAUUCUGUGAUGGGUGCACCGACAGCGAUAUUAAAUGUACCCAUAGGAGUAAAGCUAUUUCUAAAUUCUAUUUCCAUGGCUAAACCCUUCUUCAAUCCCUAGUUGUGCAUGCAGUACUGGCCCGAGAAGAGCUCCUGCUGCUAUGGCCCCAUCCAGGUGGAGUUCAUCUCAGCCGACAUCGACGAAGACAUCAUCAACCGCAUCUUCAGGAUCUGCAACAUGGCCAGGGUCUGUAUCAUGUUUAUCAUCCUGUAAACAUUUAGCCUCUGCUUUAAUCCCUGCCAAUGCGUAUGGCGCUAACAGACAGGCCCAGCCUGGCAGAGCAGUGGCUGGUUCAGACAAAUCAAAUCAAAUGAUAUUUGUCACAUACACAUGUUUAGCAGAUGUUAUUGCGGGUGUAGCGAAAUGCUUGUGUUUCUAGCUCCAACAGUGCAGUAUAUCUAACAAUUCACACAAUCUAAAAGUAAAAUUAUGGAAUUAAGGAAUAUACACUACCGGUGAAAAGUUUUAGAACACUUACUCAUUCAAGGGUUUUUCUUUAUUUUUACUAUUUUCUACGUUGUAGAAUAAUAGUUAAGACAUCAAAACUAUGAAAGAACACAUAUGGAAUCAUGUAGUAACCAAAAAAGUGUUAAACAAAUCAAAAUAUAUUAUAUAUUUGAGUUUCUUCAAAUAGCCACCCUUUGCCUUGAUGACAGCUUUGCACACUCUUGGCAUUCUCUAAACCAGCUUCAUCUGGAAUGCUUUUCCAACAGUCUUGAAGGAGUUCCCACAUAUGCUGAGCACUUGCGGCUGCUUUUCCUUCACUUUGCGGUCCGACUCAUCCCAAACCAUCUCAAUUUGGUUGAGAUCGGUGGAUUGUGGAGGGCAGGUCAUCUGAUGCAGCACUCCAUCACUCUCCUUCUUGGUAAUAUAGCUCUUACACAGCCUGGAGGUGUGUUGGGUCAUUGUCCUGUUGAAAAAUAAAUGAUAGUCCCACUAAGCCCAAACCAGAUGGGAUGGCAUAUCGCUGCAGAGUGCUGUGGUAGCCAUGCUGGUUAAGUGUCACCAGCAAAGCACCCCCACACCAUAACACCACCUCCUUCAUGCUUUACGGUGGGAAAUACACAUGCGGAGAUCAUCCGUUUACUCACACCGCGUCUCACAAAGACACAGCUGUCUUUUUGGACUCCAGACCAAAGGACACAUUUCCACCGGUCUAAUGUCCAUUGCUCGUGUUUCUUGGCCCAAGCAAGUCUCUUCUUAUUACUGGUGUUCUUUAGUAGUGGUUUCUUUGCAGCAAUUCGACCAUGAAGGCCUGAUUCACACAGUCUCCUCUGAACAGUUGAUGUUGAGAUGUGUCUGUUACUUGAACUCUGCGAAGCAUUUAUUUGGGCUGCAAUUUCUGAGGCUGGUAACUCUAAUGAACUUAUCCUCUGCAGCAAAGGAAACUCUGGGUCUUCCAUUCCUGUGGCAGUCCUCAUGAGAGCCAGUUUCACCAUAGCGCUUUAUGGUUUUAGCGACUGCACUUGAAGAAACUUUUAAAGUUCUUGAAAUGUUCCAUAUUGACUGACUUUCAUGUCUUAAAGUAAUGAUGGACUGUCGUUUCUCUUUGCUCAUUUGAGCUGUUCUUGCCAUAAUAUGGACUUGGUCUUUUACCAAAUAGGGCUAUCUUCUGUAUAUAUUCCCCCUACCUUGUCACAACACAACUGAUUGGCUCAAACCCAUUAAGAAGGAAAGAAAUUCCACAAAUUAACUUUUAAGAAGGCACACCUGUUAAUUGAAAUGCAUUCCAGGUGACUACCUCAUGAAGCUGGUUGAGAGAAUGCCAAGAGUGUGCAAAGCUGUCAUCAAGGCAAAGGGUGGCUAUUUGAAGAAACUCAAAUAUAACAUAUUUUGAUUUGUUUAACACUUUUUUUGGUUACUACAUGUGUUAUUUCAUAGUUUUGAUGUCUUCACUAUUAGUCUACAAUGUAGUAGGUUUUCUAAAACUUUUGACCGGUAGUGUAUAAAUAUUAGAAAUAUUAGGAUGAGCAAUGUCGGAGUGGCAUAGACAAAAAUACAGUAGAAUUGAAUACAGUAUAUACAAAUGAGAUGAGUAAAGCAAAAAUAUGUAAACAUUAUUAGAGUGACUAGUGUUCCAUUAUUAAAGUGGCCAGUGAUUUCAAAUCUAUGUAUAUUAUGUAACUGGGUGGAAGCCGCCUAGUGAUGGCUAUUUAACAGUCUGAUGGCCUUGAGAUAGAAGCUGUUUCUCAGUCUCUCGGUCCCAGCUUUGAUGCACCUGUACUGACCUCGCCUUCUGGAUGAUAGCAGGGUGAACAGGCAGUGGCUCGGGUGGUUGUUGUCCUUGAUUAUCUUUUUGGCUUUCCUGUGACAUAGGGUGCUGUAUGUGUCCUGGAUGGCAGGUAGUUUGUGAGGGUUUUAGAUGCCAAGCCACAUUUAUUUAGCUUCCUAAGGUUGUCUGUGUGGGUGGACCAUUUCAGAUCGUCAGUGAUGUGUACGCCGAGGAACUUCAAGCUUUCCACCUGCUCCACAGCGGUCCCAUCAAUGUGGAUAGGGGCGUGCUCCCUCUGCUUUUUCCUGAAGUCCACGAUCAGCUCCUUUGUUUUGUCGACAUUGAGGGGGAGGUUAUUUUCCUGGCACCACACCCAGGGCCUUCACCUCUCUGUAGGCUGUCUCGUCAUUGUUGGUAAUCAGGCCUACUACUGUUGUGUCGUCUACAAACUUGAUGAUUGAGUUGAAGGCGUGCAUGGCUACGCAGUCAUGGGUGAACAGGGAGUACAGGAGGGGGCUGAGCACGCACCCUUGUGGGGCCCCAGUGCUGAGGAUCAGCGACGUGGAGGUGUUGUUUCCUACCUUCACCACCUGGGGGCGGCCCGUCAGGAAGUCCAGGACCCAGUUGCACAGGGUGGGGUUCACACCCAGGGCCCAGAGCUUAAUGAUGAGCUUGGUGGGUACUAUGGUGUUGAAUGCUGAGCUACAGUCAAUGAACAACAUUCUUACAUAGGUAUUCCUCUUGUCCAGAUGGGAUAGGGCAGUGUGCAGUGCGAUGGCAAUUGCAUUGUCUGUGGAUCUAUUGGGGCGGUAAGCAAAUUGAAGUGGGUCUAGGGUGUCAGGUAAGGUAGAGGUGAUAUGCUCCUUAACUAGCCUCUCAAAGCACUUCAUGAUGACAGAAGUGAGUGCUACGGGGCGAUAGUCAUUUAGUUCAGUUUGCUUUCUUGGGUACAGGAACAAUGGUGGACAUAUUGAAGCAAGUGGGGACAGCAGACUGGGAUAGGGAGAGCUUGAAUAUGUCUGUAAACACUCCAGCCAGCUGGUCUACGCAUGCUCUUAGGACGCGGCUAGGGAUGCCAUCUGGACCGGCAGCCUUGCGAGGGUUAACACACUUAAAUGUCUUACUAAUGUCGGCCACGGAGAAGGAGAGCCCACAGUCCUUGGUAGUGGGUCGCGUCGGUGGCACUGUGUUAUCCUCAAAGCGGGUGAAGAAGUUGUUUAGCUUGUCCGGAAGCAAGACGUCGUUGUCUGCAAUGUGGCUGGUUUUCCCUUUGUAGUCUGUGAUUGUCUGUAGACCCUGCCACAUACGUCUCGUGUCUGAGCCGUUGAAUUGCGACUCCACUUUGUCUCUAUACUGACGUUUUGCCUGUUUGAUUGGAAUAACUACACUGUUUGUAUUCGGCCAUAUUCCCAGUCACCUUGUCAUGGAUAAAUGCGGUGGUUCGCGCUUUCAGUUUUGCGUGAAUGCUGCCAUCUAUCCACGGUUUCUGGUUAGGGUAGGUUUUAAUAGUCACAGUGGGUACAACAUCUCCUAUACACUUCCUAAUAAACUCAGUCACCGUAUCCGUGUAUUCUUCUAUGUUAUUCUCGUAGGCUACCCGGAACAUAUCCCAGUCCGCGUGAUCGUCUGAUUCCAUAUCAGGGGGCUUUGUUCUACAGUACAGUGAGGGAAAAAAGUAUUUGAUCCCCUGCUGAUUUUGUACGUUUGCCCACUGACAAAGACAUGAUAUGUCUAUAAUUGUAAUUGUAGGUUUAUUUGAACAGUGAGAUAUAGAAUAACAACAAAAAAAUCCAGAAAAACGCAUGUCAACAAUGUUAUGAAUUGAUUUGCAUUUUAAUGAGGGAAAUAAGUAUUUGACCCCUCUGCAAAACAUGACUUAGUACUUGGUGGCAAAACCCUUGUUGGCAAUCACAGAGGUCAGACGUUUCUUGUAGUUGGCCACCAGGUUUGCACACAUCUCAGGAGGGAUUUUGUCCCACUCCUCUUUGCAGAUCUUCUCCAAGUCAUUAAGGUUUCGAGGCUGACGUUGGGCAACUCGAACCUUCAGCUCCCUCCACAGAUUUUCUAUGGGAUUAAGGUCUGGAGACUGGCUAGGCCACUCCAGGACCUUAAUAUGCUUCUUCUUGAGCCACUCCUUUGUUGCCUUGGCAGUGUGUUUUGGGUCAUUGUCAUGCUGGAAAACCCAUCCACGACCCAUUUGCAAUGCCCUGGCUGAGGGAAGGAGGUUCUCACCCAAGAUUUGACGGUACAUGGCCCCGUCCAUCGUCCCUUUGAUGCGGUGAAGUUGUCCUGUCCCCUUAGCAGAAAAACACCCCCAAAGCAUAAUGUUUCUACCUCCAUGUUUGACGGUGGGAAUGGUGUUCUUGGGGUCAUAGGCAGCAUUCCUCCUCCUCCAAACACGGUGAGUUGAGUUGAUGCCAAAGAGCUUGAUUUUGGUCUCAUCUGACCACAACACUUUCACCCAGUUCUCCUCUGAAUAAUUCAGAUGUUCAUUGGCAAACUUCAGACGGGCCUGUAUAUGUGCUUUCUUGAGCAGGGGCACUGCAGGAUUUCAGUCCUUCAUGGCGUAGUGUGUUACCAAUUGUUUUCUUGGUGACUAUGGUCCCAGCUGGUGACUAUGGUCCCAGCUGCCUUGAGAUCAUUGACAAGAUCCUCCCGUGUAGUUCUGGGCUGAUUCCUCACCGUUCUCAUGAUCAUUGCAACUCCACGAGGUGAGAUCUUGCAUGGAGCCCCAGGCCGAGGGAGAUUGACAGUUAUUUUGUGUUUCUUCCAUUUGCGAAUAAUCGCACCAACUGUUGUCACCUUCUCACCAAGCUGCUUGGCGAUGGUCUUGUAGCCCAUUCCAGCCUUUUGUAGGUCUUCAAUCUUGUCCCUGACAUCCUUGGAGAGCUCUUUGGGCUUGGCCAUGGUGGAGAGUUUGAAAUCUGAUUGAUUGCUUCUGUGGACUGGUGUCUUUUAUACAGGUAACAAACUGAGAUUAGGAGCACUCCCUUUAAGAGUGUGCUCCUAAUCUCAGCUCGUUACCUGUAUAAAAGACACCUGGGAGCCAGAAAUCUUUCUGAUUCAGAGGGGGUCAAAUACUUAUUUCCCUCAUUAAAAUGCAAAUCAAUUUAUAACCUUAUUGACAUACAUUUUUCUGGAUUUUUUUUGUUGUUAUUCUGACUUUCACUGUUCAAAUAAACCUACCAUUAAAAUUAUAGACUGAUCAUUUCUUUGUCAGUGGGCAAAUGUACAAAAUCAGCAGGGGAUCAAAUACUUUUUUCCCUCACUGCAUUACUCAUUAGACCCUACUAAAUCACCACCAUGCGAAUCCCUGUGUUCGUGGCACACGGUUACUCUUCUCUCUCUCCUCUUCUCUCCCUCUCGUUCGCUCAUGGUUCUCCCACUUUAACCAGCAUGACAGGCAGGCUUUUCUGGCCAGCUAAUCAACGCUCUGCUCUGUGGCGGGGCGAAAAGCCACAGCGGCGGCAUCUCCAAUUUACCAUGAAAUGGUUCCAUCACCACAGCCACGAGCACGACACGGCUCAUUCGGAAGACCCCCACCCCCCUCCCCCCUCCUCCCAGCUGGGGCGUGGAGCCAGCUGACGUCUAUAUUGUAGUUGCCAGUCGUUGGCUCGUUGGCUCUGCUCUGGCUAAGGGAAGUAUCGCCGCAACAAUGAGCCAAAAGACAUUGGGAUUAGAUGUGCUUCUGAUGAGGUGCUCAGUGCAUCAGCAGUUAUUUAAUAACUUCAGUGGCUGAGUAGUUUAGGUUUACAGUGGACACAGAGGUAAACUUAAUUCCCAUCCAAAUUGGUGGAGUUAUCUAUUUCUGGUGAACGUUAUGAUGACGAAGAGGAAGAUUAGCAUGCUAGUGGUUGAUGAUUAUGAUAAGGAUGAUGAGGAUGCUAACUGUGAUGUUAUCCAUGUUGAUGAUGUUUUGAUAAUGGCAAUGACAAUGAUGAUGUUGACGGCAACAAUGAUGUUGAUGAUGGAUUUCAUGUAUGAUUCUCUCUCUCACUGUCUUUGGCAGCCCCAGGACGGCUACCGUUUGGUGCAGCAUUUCCAGUUCAUCGGCUGGCCUGCCUACCGCGACACGCCCCUGUCCAAGCGCUCCAUCCUGCAGCUGGUGAGACGUCUGGCCAAGUGGCAGGAGCAGUACGACGGGGGAGAUGGACGCACCGUGGUCCACUGC